CCAUACAUUACAAACAAUUAUAAAAAAAAUUAACAAAAAACAAAACAAAAACGUAGACUCGUGUCGAUUUGGCGCACGCGCACGCUGGGGCGGCCACACAUUCCGCGUUCCAUAGACCAUUCAAGGACCGAUGCAAUUUUAAUCAUCAAUGCAAUGCAAUCUUCGUCUUGAAGGUCUCCUGCUUGGCCUUGGCCGUUCAAUAAAAUGGGGAAAAGAUACUAUUGUGACUACUGUGACAAAACUUUCGCAGACAACUCACAGAAUAGAAAGAAACACCUCAAUGGAGUUGUUCACGACCGACUUCGAAAGCUGCAUUACUCUCUUUUUAGAGAACCAGAAGAUAUUUUGUCUGAAGAGAAAGCUAAAAUUGCAUGCCUCAAGCUGAAGCAGUCAGGUUUCUGUACCUUUGAAGGGAGUUGUAGAUAUUCGCAUUUGACUCCGGAGAAGGAACGUGAGCUGCUAGAAAAAAUCGAAGCCAAGAAACUUGCAGCCCAGGCAGCAGAGGAUCUUGCAGCCGACCUGCCAGAGCCAAGCCUGGAUGACUGGCUUGCCAAGAGGAGCAAGAGGAAGAAGAACAAAGAUACCACAUCAUCAUCAACAUCAUCAUCAGAGGGAGUGCAUCCAUCGGGUGGAUCGGCAGUCUUCAAGGACAUGGAGUUCAGUCUCCCUCCAGAGUUGCAGAACAUCCCGGACCUUCCACCGUCCAUGAUCCCUCCCUCCAGCGAAUGCUUCACAGAGACAGCAGAGUGGGGUUCAUGACCAAGGCUCUACUGAAGUAUUUAUCUCCUGCAUGAAUCUGUUGUAUCAUAAACUUCUAAAAUGUUAUAUUCAGCAGGCCUGAUAAUUACCUGAUUUAAAUCGGUUUUCUGAUUUAUUUAUUUUCCCCCAAUAUUCUUACUCGAAAGGGGGGAAAUUUUGUUAGACACCAUUUUUUCUCCCCAAAUCCUUUUUUAAUUUUUAUACUCACUAUCACCCCUGAAUUCAGUUCAAUUCUAAAUUUAUACCUCCCUCUGUCUCCCUUACGAUUUUCGGGCUCACAUGUACAGGUGUAUUUGAGUCUUUCGCCCUUGUAAAUCUAUGCUACAGUGAUGACCUUUUUUUCAGUUUCGGUAUAUGUUUCUGUGUAACAACCGGAUAUGUGUUUGUACAUGUAAUUGUAAAAUGUGAGUUACCGGUACUCAUGAAUUUGCAAUGUUAAAGUGGGGAAUAUCAGGUUUGCAAACACAAUGGUAUAACAUUCAACAUGCCUUGUCAUCCUGGCAGCUUGCAGGUCUGAUAAUGUUUAAAUAUUUUUUCCAGAUUUUACCCCUAUUUUCUGGAUUUUCCCCAUAUUUUCCCUAUUUAUUCGAAUUUUUCCCCAA